CACAUUCAUCCUCAACCGACCGGUCUCGACAGCGCCGCCCCGAACCUCACACCUCCCAACUCGCAUCACUCGUCUCUCAACUCCACCUCCGCCGCCCUCGUCGCUCCUAAUAGCCCUAUACGUUCCGUACCGCUGCUAAAACCCCACAACCCCGACCGCAGCCCCGGCAUCAUGGGGCUGGCAUACAACACCUAUCUGAACAGCAGCAAGAUCUACGGCUGCAAGUCGUGCAAGGCUCACCUCGCAAACCAUGAGGACAUCAUCAGCCGCAACUUCCGUGGUCAGCAUGGUAAGGCCUAUCUCUUCCACAGCGUCGUCAACAUCGACACGGGUGCCCCCAACGAGCGAAACAUGACGACCGGCCGUCACGUGGUUCGCGACAUUGCCUGCCGCCAGUGCAAGGAGACGGUGGGCUGGAAGUAUGACAAGGCGUACGAGCCCUCUGAGAAAUACAAGGAGGGCAAGUUCAUUCUCGAGGCCGAGCUUUUGUGCAACGUCACCUGAAUACCAAGGCUCCUACAAAGUACAUUUGGUGGGCGGGGCUUGUGAGGGAGGACCGCAAGUCUGAGCUUGACAUUCUGUUCUGGCGUUCAUUGGACGGUCGGUUUAUCUUGUGUUCUCGGCUUGGUUGCGAGCAUUGUUUACGGCGAAUGGAGUGUUUAUUGGUUUACUUUCAUAGUCGAUGUUGCAGCACUUCAAUUUCUAGGCUAGAUUUCCUAAC